AUGAAAGGAGGCAAGCUUUUUGUCUUCGGAGUCUCUGGAAUACUUGUCGUAGGUGUAGUUAUUGGUCUUAUUGCCGGGGUAGUCCACCACAACUCAUCAAAUGAUGAUGACAGCGACGUGCUGUCCACAACUUCAAAGGCCGUUGCUUCUAUUUGUUCCCAAACCGAUUAUAAGCGGGCAUGUGUUAAUAGCCUUGAUGCUGUUGCCAAUAACCAAAGCGCCACCCCUAAGGACUUCAUCGAGGCUGCCAUUCAGGUCACCAUCCAAGAGGUGAAAGCUGCAGUAGAAAAAACUGGGACAAUUGGGAAAGCAGCCAAUGAUCCUCUGCAAAAAAUGGCUGUUGAGGAUUGCAAGGAUUUGUUGCAAUUUGCCAUAGACGAGCUCCAAGCCUCCUUUUCAAUGGUGGGUGAUAGUAACUUGCACACCAUAGGUGACAGAGAAGCUGAGCUCAAAAAUUGGCUCAGUGCUGUCAUUUCAUACCAACAAUCGUGUAUUGACGGUUUCACUCAACCUGAACUCAAGAGUGCAAUAUCAGAUGGCCUUCUUAAUGCCACUCAACUUACAGACAAUGCCUUGGCCAUUGUUUCCGCCAUUUCUCAAAUUUUAAGUGCAUUCAACAUUCCAGUGAAUACGACUGCAAGUUCUCGGAGACUUCUUGAUACAUCUGAAGUUGACAACGAUGGUUACCCUGCAUGGUUUUCGGCUGCAGACAGGAAACUAUUAGUGACCAACAAUGGUCAAGUGAACCCUAAUGCAGUGGUCGCAAAGGAUGGUAGUGGACAUUAUANCCAAUACAAUUCUUUAGAAGAGUUCAAUGUCAACAAUAUGCUUGAGAGCAAGAACUCAGAUCAAGGUACAAAGGUGAACCUCUGGAAACCUGAGCAACAGCUUGGGAUGAGGCCGAACAUGCCAAAUACAUGGCAAGGUGAUGCAUUAGCCUCUUUUCCUCUGCUUAUGCAUUUGGGAGAUCAAAGUCUCUCCAUCUCACAAACCCACUUCAAAUAA